UUUCAUGCAAUGGUCGCUUUAUCGUGGUAGGAGAUUCCAUGUGUUGGAUGGUUGGAUGGUAAAGGCCGCACUCGGAACUUUCCUUUCCAGUGGUCUCUGAGAAGGGAAAAAGGCUGUUAACGCCUUGGGCAAGGGGCACAGUGUACAAAAGAGUACCACUGACUGAAAUGGCACACUGUACAACGUAUGAACUGCUCUGAAAACAAUGGCCGGCAGAGGAUGACUGUAAAGACACCUUUUCCUGGAAUUCUGGUUAGCACAGAUUUAAUCAAAGGUAUUUUGUGUCAUGAUGGACCGUCAUUUUGGGUUGAUGUAGGGGUGGACGUCGGCUACGCCGCUCUCAUCACCGUCUGCUUGCUCAUCAUGGCGUGCGUCCUUGCCAUCGCAGCCUGCUACGUCUGUUCAUCACAACGUGCAGGAGCACGGGUUGUACACUUCAACGCUGCUAACCAAGUUCUGGUUCAGACUCUCUCCCGACCUCCGUGGACGCUGACCGUGACCUCUGACCCGGAACUCUCCAUCCACGGAUUUGCCUUUGCUGGUCAAGGCAUCACGAUUGUCGACAGUAACACCCUAGAACGUAACCGUACCAGACGCCCAGUAACAGUUGGCGCCAAAUGGUCACGUGGGGUGUCACAUGGUAAGCACGUGUACGAGGUCAUCUGGCCGGAAGUCCACAGAGGAGUGUCAGCGUCAGUAGGUGUGGGUACAGCAACGACGCCAUUGUUCAUCAAGGGCAAGGUCACCCUGGUUGGCAUGACAGAGGCUUCGUGGGGACUGGACAUCGCCAAGAAGACAAUGUUUCACAACUCAGCGCCAGGGAGGAGGUGUCCGCCAAACGAAGAAGACGUCAUCCCAGAGAGAUUUUUCAUGUAUGUUGACAUGGACCGUGGUGAGCUGGGCUUCGGGUCCAGUAGCAAGUACUGGGGUGUGAUGGCUGAAAACAUCCACUACCUGAAUCAGCCCCUGUAUGUGAUGGUUGGUGCCAACGUGUCCAAGGCCCGAUUGCAAGUCUUCUACAGAGGUUCUGCUAUGUCGAGUGCGAUGCGUAACCCAACUGCUGCAGCAAUGACGACAUCGACUCCUCCAUCAUGUUCCAACCCCGACCGUAUGAAGCCCGAAGACCUAAAUCUACAUAAGCGAGCCCUGUAUCAGGCUACAGCACUGCGACGUGCACGUGCUCAAGCUUGGACUCACGACUCGGACAACGAGGGCACUGGACCUGAGGACGCCACGUUCCAGCUUCCUCUCUCUCCACCCCCUCCGUACUCCAGAUUCUGAUUCAAGUGCGACAGUCUCAGGAUACAUUCAUAACCAGUGUCAACAUAAAGUAACGUUUAGCGUAGGCUUGCUUCUGAUGAACUGUUUAACACUCAUGAAAUAUUUCAAACACACCAUGCCCCUUUCAUCGGUUACACUGACAGUUUUUGUCCUGGCCAAAUAACACUGUUAGCACAAAUCAGACGUUCAUUAUCACCUGGGGCGGUGGUGUAGCCUAGUGGUUAAAGCGUUCACUCGUCACGCCGAAGACCCGGGUUCCAUUCCCCACAUGGGUACAAUGUGUGAAGCCCAUUUCUGGUGUCCCCCGCCGUGAUAUUGGUUGGAUAUUGCUCAAAACGGCGUAAAGAUAAAACUCACUCACUCGUUACCACCUGCAUGUGCACAAAUUGAUUCAGUUACAAAUAUUGGUUAGUUUUGUGCACCCGUACCUGACAUGAAUACAUUUUCUCAGAUGUUCCAGGUACAUGUAUCCAUAUAUCUGUAUGCCACCCAAAUCUUUCUUAUCCAACAAGUAUUGAAUUUUGUGAGCACAAAUGUGAAUACAAGGUUGAUGAUCAUGAUGACCGAAAGUAGCCCUUUCAAGUUUUCUACACAUAAAUAUACUGAGUCUCUUUAAAAAGUAGGGGAACUUCAUUUUUUAGUUACGAUUGAAAACAUUGGCAGAUAUAUCAAGUCAAUCAAUGUUGAUAUGAUAAUAAUGAAUGUUGUUUGUACAGUUAUCGCUCUUGAACGAUGACUGGUAUAUGACUGGUAUAUAGUGUAUAGAACACUUACAACUUUGUGAUGCAAGAUGAUUGUCAAAAUAAAUGGUCGACAGGGAUUUAUCGACCUUCU